CUGUGGCAAAUCCUGGGUCAUUAAAAGCUGGAACCAUUCUCUCGGUGAGUGCCUGUGGCUUUGGUUCAAUUAGUAGGUGGUGUGGGGAAAACAGACGUAGCUAAAACAGCUCUCAAAAGUUCAGAGGAAGAAGUGUUAACUAAAGCCUCCUUCCAGCAUUAACACUUAACCUCAAAAUUGUCAUUGGCCAAUUCAUGGACUAAAUCGAAAAAGAUGACCUACAAGCUAAAGGAGCAGAGACUCGAGACAAGUAGACACGCACAUGUUUCUAGAGAAGUCAGCAGUGUAUAUAAAUAAAUAACCGUCAAAGAUGAUUAAAUUACGAAUAAGGACCUUUGACCCCGAGAACCCAUUGCUGGAAAGAUCUAUUCCCCAAAAGCACACGAAGGUUAAGGGCUAAGAGCUAAGAGCCCGCCAAACUAACCCCAAAAGCCUUUGCCUUUCUUUUGUUUGUUUCUCUGUGCAAGAAACCCAAAGCCUAAUCGAACAAGAUGAGUACCAUGAAAUUUUGCCGUGAAUGCAACAACAUUCUCUACCCGAAAGAAGAUAGAGAACAGAAGAUUCUCCUCUACGCCUGCCGCAACUGCGAUCACCAGGAGGUGGCUGACAACAACUGUGUGUAUAGAAAUGAGGUGCAUCACUCUGCUGGGGAGCGCACUCAAAUAUUGCAGGAUGUAGCUGCUGAUCCAACGCUUCCUAGGACUAAAUCUGUCAUUUGUGCAAACUGUAAACAUGGAGAAGCUGUCUUCUUCCAGGCAACUGCUCGAGGGGAGGAAGGUAUGACACUGUUUUUCGUGUGCUGUAAUCCAAACUGUGGACAUCGGUGGAGAGAUUGAGAUCUAGUUACUAAUGAGUUGAUGCUCACAGCUGGGCAAUGUAAUGUUUGUUUUUACAAACUUUAUUUACCAAAGACUUCUUGUGGUACUGUAAUACAAGGAGCUCGCACAACUAUUUUCCUAGUGAUUCAUAUUUUCUAACA